CCCCCACAAAUCCAAACAAUCAAAACAACCAGAAAAAGAUAAACAACAAUCUUCUAAACAAACAACGAAAUUCGAAUCCAAAAAAUCAACAAAUAAAGACGAACAAAGAAUAAAACGCCUGAAAGCACAUUGGCGUGUAGUAGAGCAGAAAAUUGCUAAUGAGAUGAAUGCGGCUAUUAAAAAUUCUAGUAAAGUAAUUUCUGAAGCGGAGAAAAUAUUGAACAAGGGUGUUAAUAAAAAGAACAAUUCAAUCAUUCACGCCUCAAAAACAUUUGAACCUUCAUCAAAUCCCGAAAUUCCUGCCGAGGAAAAUAACAAAAAGACACAACUUGAAGACUUCAAAACAGCCCAAUUUACAGCUCUAAGUACACAAUUAAGGCAGAUUAGGCAAAGAUAUGAAGCUCUAAAACGCCAAUAUUUGGCUAAACUUAGGUGGCUAAAAUCCAAAAAAGAAGGGAGAAGGAAAGGAGGAAAGAAAAAAGAUGGAAAUAAAAUUGCUGGAACUCCAACAUUUUUGGAUGGGGCAGAAUUGAAUUUGGAUUCUGUUGGAAUUAGAAGGAACAAAACUCUUGAACAAUUAAAUAAAGGUGAAAUCCUGUUAAGUAAUUUAUUUGGUAAAAAUUAA